UGUACUUAAUACAUUCCAUCACUGGCAACUACUUGAUCAUUAAUUACAUCUAAAACAAAACAUCAAUGGCGGGUUUGCAUUUUAACGUUGGUGGUUGGGUUCGAGCUUUCAUGGUUGUCGGGUUCAUGAUCUUGCCUCUUUUGGUCGAUGGCAGAGUUCGUCGUUACAACUUCAACGUGGUGAUGAAACAAGCGAAUAGAUUGUGCUCGAAGAAGCCUAUCGUAACGGUUAAUGGUCAGUUCCCAGGACCAACACUUUACGCUCGAGAAGGUGACACUGUUCUUGUUAGAGUUGUUAACCAUGUCAAAUACAAUGUCUCCAUACACUGGCAUGGAAUACGACAACUACGAACAGGAUGGGCUGAUGGGCCAGCAUAUAUAACACAAUGCCCGAUUCAGCCUGGACAGAACUAUGUUUACAACUUUACCAUUACAGGGCAACGUGGCACGCUUUUUUGGCAUGCACAUAUUCUAUGGCUUAGAGCAACCGUCCAUGGUGCUAUUGUCAUUUUGCCUAAACUUGGAGUUCCAUAUCCUUUCCCAAAACCUGAUGUUGAACAAGUUGUCAUCUUAGGUGAAUGGUGGAAAUCAGACACAGAAAAGGUGAUCAAUGAAGCUUUAAAAUCUGGUUUAGCCCCAAAUGUUUCUGAUGCACAUACCAUAAAUGGCCAUCCAGGACCCAUCAGUAAUUGUCAAACACAAGGAGGAUUUCAGUUAAGUGUUGAAAAUGGAAAGUCAUACAUGCUACGUAUAAUCAACGCUGCACUUAACGAAGAACUCUUCUUCAAGAUCGCAGGUCACCAGCUCAAAGUGGUUGAAGUCGAUGCCACCUAUGUAAAACCCUUCACUACCAACACAAUUGUUAUUGCACCGGGCCAAACCACUAACGUCAUAGUCACCGCCACCAAAAACUCUGGCAAGUUUAUGAUGGCAGCAUCCCCAUUUAUGGACUCACCAAUUGCAGUCGACAACAAAACUGCUACAGCCACACUACAGUACACCGGAACCCUUGGUACCACCACCACCACCCUAGCUAUCCCACCUCCUCAAAAUUCCACAGUCACGGCUAACAACUUUGUAGAUUCCUUACGUAGCUUGAACUCGAAAAAGUUCCCAGCCAAUGUACCAUUAAAAAUCGAUCAUUCUUUAUAUUUUACAGUCGGGCUCGGGAUCAACCCUUGCCCGAGUUGUAAAGCGGGCAAUGGAAGUAGGGUAGUGGCUGGUAUUAACAAUGUUACAUUUGUUAUGCCCACCACAGCUUUACUGCAAGCACAUUACUUUAAUAAGAAAGGAGUUUUCACUACUGACUUUCCAGGUAACCCACCCAUUGUGUUUAACUAUACUGGCACCCCACCCGCGAAUAUGGCAACGACUAGUGGGACUAAGGUUUAUAGGUUGAAGUAUAACUCGACGGUUCAGCUUGUGUUACAAGAUACAAGUAUUAUUGCAGCGGAAAACCACCCGAUUCAUUUACAUGGGUUUAACUUCUUCGCAGUGGGUAAGGGGUUAGGCAAUUAUAACCCUAAAGUAGACCCGAAUAACUUUAACCUUGUUGACCCGGUGGAAAGGAAUACAAUUGGUGUACCUUCGGGCGGAUGGGUUGCUAUACGAUUCCGAGCCGAUAAUCCAGGCGUUUGGUUUAUGCAUUGCCAUUUAGAGAUUCAUACAACUUGGGGCUUAAAGAUGGCAUUUUUGGUGGAUAAUGGGAAUGGACCAAAUGAGUCAAUAUUGCCACCUCCGAAAGAUCUUCCUAAGUGUUGAAAGACUGGGGAGUGAAUAUUAGAAACAUUUCGGUUAUUGUCUAGAGGAUUUAUUUGUUUCUUGAGCAGAUAAAUGAUUUGCUCAAUCAAAGACACAAUAAAACUUGAUGUAUUUUUUCUUGCAA